GUAUCCCCGCUGCAGGUCACGUGAGAGGGAGGCGAGGAGGAAAAAAGGAGGAAAUGGGAGAUGAGGAUAAAAUAAGCAGCGUCUCGUUUUAUCAGCUCCGGAGAAUGAGGCAUUUUAGGCAUCUCAAUCUACAGGUACUACGCAGUUACACUCGUCUCGGAUGUUUGACUGAGGAGACCAGAGGAGCUGGAGCUGGGAUGAGCUGAGGGAUCCAGAUGUGGAGGACUGGGAUGGAUGUCAGUCUGCAUAGGAGAUAAACACGCAAAUUAACAAUCUGAGAGAAGAUGAAGCUGAAUGAACGUAGCGUGGCGCACUAUGCCACCUGUGACUCACCGCCGGACAAGACAGGCUUCUUGUUCAAAAAAGGUGAGCGCAACACGGCUUAUCACCGGCGCUGGUUCGUCCUCAAGGGCAACAUGCUCUUCUACUUCGAGGAGCGCGACAGCCGAGAGCCCAUCGGUGUCAUCGUUCUGGAGGGAUGCACAGUGGAGCUCUGCGAGUCCGCCGAGGAGUUUGCCUUCGCCAUCAAGUUUGAUUGUGCCAAAGCACGAGUGUACAAGAUGUCUGCUGAGAACCAGGCGGCCAUGGAGUCGUGGGUGAAGGCGUUGUCGAGGGCCAGCUUCGACUACAUGAGGCUGGUUGUGAAGGAGCUGGAGCGGCAGCUGGAGGAGAUCCAGGAGGCUACGGGCGGUGCCUUUGUUGGACUUGGAGGCCAGCAAGGUAGGCCUAAGUCUUCCCGGCGCAGUCAGGUGGCACGCUCCAGGUCUGGAGCAUCCUCUUCUUCAUCAUCCUCCUCCUCCUCAUCAUCGUCAUCAAGUGCCCCUUCCAUGACAGUCCCCUGCAGUGCACAGAAGAGCUCCCAGGAUGAGGUGCCGCUCAUCUCUGGGUGCUCCAGGGAAAAUGGGGUUGCAUGGACUAAACCACCAGCUGCAAACGGCUUUGUUGAGGGCGCGUCCUGUGUGGCCUGGGAGGGCAGCGCAGACUCUGGGAAUGGGAUUGGUUAUGGGGCCGAUGGAGUGAAGGCUCCACCAGUGCCGCCCCGGAGGAGAGGAGCAUCCCUGGAAAGCCCAGUCUCCCCCGGCACCGGCUGCUUCUCCAAGCUACAUGACUGGUAUGGCAGAGAAGUGGAGGAACUGAGAGUGCAGUGGCUCCAGAGUCAGUAAACUUAUGAAAGUGGAUCAUCUUUUUUUUUUUCUUCCACAGAUAAAUCAUUCCUUAUUGAUCAUUUUGCAGUGGCCACCUUAUUGAACUUUCUUGACCAAAAGAGGAGACCAACUUAGCUUUGAUUGCAAGACUCGAUUCCAAAUCUUGUCUGGAACAAGGGAAUCAAUUUGUCUUAAAUUUUAACGACUUUAACACUAUUCUAUCUACAAUUCUACAAUACAAGAAGCACAAAAUGUUAUCUUUUCUACCAUUUUGGGGGGUAAACUUGCUUCUCACACUUAAAAUGUAGUUAUUAUCAGCAUUCCUAAAAAAAAGUUUGUUGCUCUGUUGCUAAUAUUUCUACUAUUGUGUCCAACCAUUUCUGACAUAUUACCUUCUAGAUAUAUGAUUGUUUUUGGAGAGUUAAAGCUCUGAGAUGUACAUGGAAAAUGACUGGAGCAAGGGAGAAAAAUAAUAAGUACCUGCUACAAUAUCCCCACAUAGAUCUGUGAAAAGGACAACCAUAAUGAUCUGAAAAUGUUCCACAAGACAAAUUCACAUAGCCCAGGUCAUCAUGACAUGUUUUGCCAUAUUGGUGAUGAAACUAUUCAAUAACUAAUUGUUUGAAUCAGAUAUUUAAAUGCAGGAUCAGCAAAGAUUCACAAUCAGGGCAGUUGGAAUUUGUUUCCUACAACUGAAAGCCACCUUAACCCCACAAUUCCCUUACUAUAGUUACGUGAGGACACUCUGGAAAUAAGAGAUGCUGCAGAAAACUUAACCAGUUUCUCCUUCAUUCUCCCAAUGGGGUACUUGUCACCCUGGAGGCCUUAUAGUCGCUAAUAUCUGAGCAUCCUCUUGACAGUCACCAGGGAUCAUGGUGGGAGCAGGAUGUUGUGCUCUGAGCUCUCACUCCCUUUUAUUUUUAGCUCUUGUUAGCCAGUAGCCAGAUGAUGCAGUGUCAUAAGAGUGCUCGUCACUUAGUUCUCUUUGGAAUCUUGUGCUCCAUGAAAGGAGGUGUAUUAUCUUCAAACGUGUAGGACUCAACUCCUGCCAUUGUAGUGGUUUCAUAUUUUAAUUAUAUGCAAUCAAAUCAUUAAUUACAUCAGAUAUUUGGAUUGUUUUAUUACUACUAAAUGAGUAAGGCUCUUGAUGGUAUAUACUGUGUAUGAACAUCUUACCUCUUGAUUAAUGUUUGGAUAUUACUACCGUAUUCUGCAUUGGAAAAACUUUUACGGUGUUCAGAAUCAGCAUUUUAAAAUGGUAUCUUUAGUUCUGUUUUUCUAUCUGAUCAUAAAAGCUGCUUUCUUUCUUUGUUUUGUAUGUGCCUUUAAUUUUUUUUUUUUUUUUUUUAUCUAGAACUGUGUUAUUCCACUUGCAACCAUUGGUAUCACAUGACAAUAGUGGUUUUCUUCCUUAUUGACUAUCCAUUUUUGUCUUUCUUGCCAAAGGCUCAUCUUGGUGCAAUCGUUUUUUUGACAAAGGCUCAUUUAUUUCAUUCAGCAUCAGUGCACAAUGCUAUCAUUACUGUUAUACAUGUGGCUUGUGCAAAAAUAACAGUGAGGAAAGAAGUGGUACGGUGUGGGUUUUUAUUAUUUUUUAAUCCUUGGUAUUUCGAUUUUUGUUAUAUAUUCUCUAAAUGGGUUGGCUGUGAUGUGGUGGAUAGUCAGUGAACCUCCGACUGGUAGGUUCCCAGAUUGAUUCCCAGCCUAGUCAUGUGCCAAGGUACUAUUUCUACUACAUUAGCGCUAACUUUACAGAUAUGUAUUACUGUAAUUAUACACUAAAGGAAUAUGUGACUGUGUCAAAUUUAACUAUAUGAAAAUUAAGAGCGAAGAAUUUGCAAUAACCAUUUUUUUAAAUGAACUUCUUUGAUUUUAGUAGCAUAUUUCAAUAUUACAGCAUAAAGUGACAGUAUUGUACUGAUUAAUCAAAAUGUUAUAUCAUGGUGCCCUGACAGUUUUGUGUUAACCACUCAAUAAACAGUUUUCAUUUUUCAAA